AUGGAGUUAUCCCGCGGCAUCCAGGAGCAGCUGGCCGUCCUCUCCUCCCGCGUCUUCAUUCCCAUGCUGCAAGCCCAAGCCAGGCAGGCGCUCACGGGAGCAAAGCCAUGCGGCGGCACCUGCAUCCCCCCGUCAGCUGCCAGGACCGCUGCCCAGGCGCUGCAGCAGUAUGUCCUGAAAGUGAAUGCGGCAAAGCCCGCCCUGCAGCCGGGGUCCUUCCUCGUCAUCCCGGACCUGGGCAGCGCAGAGCUCUACGAUGGCGCCCCAGACGCCCCCACCCCCGCAUCUCGUGACCUGUUGGCGGCCCUGGAUCAGGCGGCGGGCGCCUGGAUCGGCCAGCUCCGAGAGGCCCUGGCUGCAAUACCUGUGGUACCCAGCGCACAGCGCUGGCCCAGGGCACCCGCGUUCCUGGCCGCCUGGGCCGUGCGCGCGGAGUCCCUGCAGGGCCUCCGUGAUCAGGCGGCCGGCCCCGGUGUGCAGCGGGCGCUGGCGCUCCUCCGCGCCAACGCCAGCCCCCGGCUGCCGGCCCUGGAACGGCUGCUGGCGGAGUUGAGGGAGGCCUGCCCAAAGGCAGCCUCCGUGGCAAGGCACGCUGCCGCGCUUGGUCCGAGGCUAGCAGCCCUCGCCGGCGCAGGGGUGCAGCACCUCCCACAAACCUUCCGCCCGGUCAUGCUCACGGCCAUCCUGAUGUGGCAGCACUGCCCCGACCUGCGCGCCGCCCCGGGCCUCAUGCUGAGCCUGCUGCGGCACGUCACAGACGACAUCGCUGAGAGCGUGAGGCAGGGGACAGAGGGGACCUCCAUCCUGGUCCUGGAAGGCCCCGAAGCGGUGCGCAGGCUGGAGCUGUGCCUGCACGUCCUGGGCACCUGGAAGAGCAUGUACCUGGAAAUGGCAGCUCAACACAGUCGAACCCCCACAAAGGGCGCGAGUAUGUGGCGCUUCCCUCCUGCCACCAUCUUCUCUGGCAUGGACGAGCUGCUGGAGAGGGCCCAUGAUGUCCUUGGUCUGGUUAACAUGGCGGCCCGGUUUGCACGCCUGGAAACCCUGGAGCUGGGAGGGAGCAAGGGCCGCGAAUUGACGGCCAGUCUGCAUGCCAUCCAGACCGAGUUCAAGUCUGUGCUCACCACUAUGCAAGAGGCGCUGGAUGGGUGUGGCACCGUGGCCGCCUCCUUCCAUGUCCUUGGCUGCUUCAGUGCGUGGCUGCACAGGGAGCCGGUGGCGCAGGAGCUCCAGCAUCGCUACGUGGAGCUGGUGUCCAUGUUUGGGAAGGAAGUGGGAGCGGCCGCCGUGGUAUUCCGGGAGCAGCGCUCCUGCCCCCUUGUGGGCCCUGGAAUGGCUCCCUUCUCCGGUGCCGUGGCGUGGUCGCGUGGCAUCCAGGAGCGGAUUCGUGGCGGACACCAGGGCAUGGCCAGCCUGCCUCUGGCCAUCCUGAACAGCAAGGGGGGGCGGGAGGUCCAGCGGGCGUACGGCGAGCUGCUUGCGGAGCUGAAGGCGUUUGAGGCGGAGCAGAUGGAGCUGUGGGAGGCGGAGGUGGAUGUGACCUCUGCCUCUUCCCUCAUGCAGCCCCUGAUCCGGAUGCAUCGCAAUGAGGGCCUCACUCAGGUGGCAGUUAAUUUUGAUCCGAGGAUCUCAGAACUGCUGCAGGAGGUCGCCACCUUUCUGGGUCAACCUGACCUACCCCGCUCCAUACCAGGGACUGCCCUUCAGGUGCAUGCUCAGGCCAGCGUGCUGCAGCUGCAUGUAAGCCAGCUGGAGUCGGUCGUGAAUGCCUGGAACCACAUGCAGGACACCAUGAUCCCUGAGGAGCGGGCGAUUGUGGAUGCCCUGAUAAUCAGGGCCAGGCUCAGCCUCGAGCAAUGCUCCCAGGCAACAAGUGGGCGCAUCCAGGAGAUCUUGGAUGGCUGGUUGGAGCGGCCCCUGUUCGAGAGGAAGGACGGCAAGGUAUUCUCAAACCUUGAGUUGGAUGCAAGCAUGAAGGGGCUGAUGACCAUGCGGCUGGAAAACACUGCAUUCCACAGCUCUGCGGUGGUCAGCAUCCUCUCGGAAGCCGUUGAUUCGCUGAGCAUAAUAAGGGAGAGCCAGCCUUGGAGGGACUAUCUCGCGCAUGUGGCAGGACAAAUGCUGGAGGGGCUGGCUGCUGUCGUUCUGGCCAGCGCCCGACGCCUUUUGGGGGUCAUCUGCAUCCAUGAUGCAGGCCAGCAGUGCGAGGGGAGGGAUUUCCAUGCCGCACUGCAAGCUCAUCCAGCUGUGCAGAGACUGUACGCGGAUGUCACUCUGGCCGCCACAGCCAGCGCAGAGGCAUGCACUGCCUGGAAGGCUGUAUGGACGCCAUUCGAGCACCUCUGGAAGCAGACCCCCAAGAGCGUGCUGCAGGAGUAUUUGGCAGCCGAUGAAGUGCUGGAUCAAGCAGGGUUCUUGUCACGCUUUGAGAUGAAGGUUCAGCAACUGCAUGCCCUAUCUGAGCAGAUCCAGGCCCUCCCGGCCACAUCGACCCUGGGCUGGUUGAGGGUGGAUGCGCGAUUGUUCAAGCAGAGCCUGCUGACUUGUGCCAGCAAGCUGAGCCAUGCAUUCACCCGUCACUUGCAGACUCAGCUGGGCAGGUGCGUCGCCGACAUGAGCGCCUUCAUCACAUCCGCUGCCACCGUGCUGAACGAUGCCAUCGCUGCGCCUGGCGCCGGCUCGGCGCAGCCCUCCCCCGCCCCGUCCCCGUCCAUCAAGCCCACGUCGCGACGCGGCACCGCCAGCCACUCACCCAGCGCAGGCCUGGCUGCCAGCCUGGGGGCCUCCAGUCCACACUCCACCCGCUCCAGCCUCGCCGGCAGCCUGCUGGGGCAGGCCAGGCCGAAGCGGCAGAGCAUCAAGUUGGCCGCCGGGCUGGGGGUCAGGGGCGAGGCGUCCCUCGACUCCGCCAGCCUGUGCACCCCCCGACCACCAGUGUCCGGGGAGAGCAGGAAAGAACGGUACCUGGCCGCACUGCACUGCGGCCAAGAGGUCAGGGCCAGGACCAAGGAAAUUGCAGCUCAGCUGGUGUUUGCCGACGAGUCAGCGGCCCUGCUGGAGAGGAGUGGCGCGGCGCUGAGUGCGGGUGUGCAGAACCAAGUGGAAGCGGUGGCGCGAGAGUGGAGGUCACUGCAGAAGAAGCUGCUGCACAUGAAGGAGGCACUCGCACACUUCAUAAGUGCAGAGACGCAGGAACUGCACAGGGCUGUCAUUGCCUACCGUGCUGAUGUGGAGGCACACAGGAUGCGAUUCACCGCAACAGCUCCUUAUGCCGUCACAGCAGAGCUCACACUCGCCUGUGUUUCGCCGGCGCUGGACGUCCUGCAGGGGCUCGAGCAUGAUGGUGGACCUGAGGGUCUCAUGGGUGUCGGCCGCUCCCUCAAAGCCCGGCAUGACCUGUUGGACCUUCCAUACGAACCUUUGGCCUCCUUGUCAGCUUGCAAGAGUGAGGCAACCGCUUUGAGAGGCAUGUGGGACAUGAUUGCCCGUUUCCUGAGCUCCCACGAGGAGUGGAGGGCCCAGUCUUGGACUGGAGUGGACGCUGAGAGUCUGGGUGAGAUGUGCAAGGCCCAGAGCAAAGAAUUGAAGAGCCUCAGCAAGACGGCCAUUGGUGCUCGCUUUGAGCUACAGACCGGCACCCUGCUGGGUGAAGUGCUAGAUCUGAAACUCCACCGACAUGCUGCGAAGUGCGAGGAGGUCCUGGAGCAAGUGCAGAGGGAGGUGGUGGUCGAAAUGGCACUCGCCAAGGUGGCCUCCAAUUGGGCCGAGCAGCGCGCCACAUUUGUCGACAAGCCGGGACAGGGGGUUGCCCUGCUGACCGUUGCAGAUGCGGUGGUUGAGCUGCUUGAGAACGACACCCUCACGCUGCAGGGUCUUGCGUCCAGCAAGUUUGUUCUGGGGGAUGUCACAUUCCAGGGCGCUGUGCAAGCGUGGCAGCAGCGCCUCAUGACCACAGAUGCGGUGCUCUCCUCCUGGACGGAUGUGCAGCGCCUCUGGCAGGAUUAUCUGGAAACCAAACGUCUGGCGUUCCCCCGGUUCUACUUUGUUGCCCCGGCCGAUCUCCUGGACAUUCUGGCCAAUGCCUCUCAGCCGCAAGCCAUCGUCAGUCCCUUUGCCCUCCUGCUGACAGCCUAUGACGAGCUUGCAAGGGACAGAUGGAUCUUUGAGCACUCGGCACAGACCACCAUCACAGUCUCUCGGACGUACUAUACACACGAGGUGGACGCAGCAUUUGAUGCUCGCGAGGAUGGCAAUGAGAAUGCCCUCAAGGAACUCCAUGCCAAGCUGCAGGCACAGGUGUCGGAGCUCAUCGCCAGGAUCAAUGGCAAGCUGACCCCCAGCGAGCGCCAGAAGCUGAUCACCCUCUGCACGGUGGAUGUCCAUGCAAGGGAUGUUGUGCAGCGUUUGAUCGAGGAGAAGGUCGACUCUGUGAAUGCCUUCCAGUGGCAGAGCCAGCUGCGAUACUACCAGUCUCCCCAGUCCAAGGAGUGCAUGGUCUCCAUCUGUGAUGCUGACAUCGAGUACGGCUAUGAAUACAUUGGCAACUGUGGGUGCCUGUGCAUCACCCCAUUGACCGACCGCUGCUACAUCACCCUGACCCAGGCCCAGCGGCUGCACCUUGGCGGAGCCCCGGCGGGACCAGCAGGGACGGGGAAGACGGAGACCACCAAGGAUCUGGCCCGUGCGCUUGGGGUGCAGUGCUAUGUGUUCAACUGCUCGGAUCAGAUGGAUUACCUGGCCAUGGGGCAGAUUUACAAGGGCCUGGCGCAAACAGGCGCCUGGGGCUGCUUUGACGAGUUCAAUCGGAUUCCAGUCUCUGUCCUGUCAGUCUGCUCUACCCAGUACAAGACUCUUCUGGAUGCCUUGAGGGCGAAGAAAGACAGAUUCGUUUUUGAGGGCACAGAGAUCCCCCUUCGCCACUCUGCCAUGGCCUUCAUCACAAUGAACCCAGGAUACAUAGGCCGUGCUGAGCUUCCCGAAUCCUUGAAAGCCCUCUUCCGCCCCGUCUCCAUGGCGGCGCCAGAUCUGACCCUCAUCUGCGAGAUAAUGUUGAUGGCUGAGGGGUUCCAGGAGGCCAAGACCCUGGCUCGGAAGUUCAUCACGCUGUACAAACUGUGCGAGGACCUCCUCAGCAAGUCCAAGCAUUACGACUGGAAGCUGCGUGCCAUCAAGACGACCCUGUAUGUCGCUGGGGGCAUGAAGCGGGCUGCACCAGAGCUGAGUGAGGAAAAGGUCCUGCUGCGGGCUCUACGGGACUUCAACCUCGGCAAACUCACGGCUGAUGAUGUGGUCGUGUUCAACGGACUGCUGGGGGACCUCUUCCCAUCCCUGCCAUCCACAGUUCCACGAAGCGUGGACCAGGAAUUUGAGAGCAUGGUCAAGGUGUGCGCUCGUGAGCUGGGCUACCAACCAGAGCCCAACUUCUGCCUGAAAGUCUCGCAACUCAAGGAGAUAUUCUCUGUUCGCUGGAGUGUGUUCUUGCUGGGUAACGCUGGCUGUGGGAAAAGUGCUGUCUGGAGGACGCUUGCGCGGACGCUCAAUGCAAUGGGCCAGAAAACUGUGUGGAAGCCUAUCAACCCCAAAUCUGUGACACGGAACGAACUGUAUGGCUUCAUCCAUCCCCAGACGCGCGAAUGGAAGGAGGGCUUGAUAUCAAGCAUCUUUCGAGAAAUGGCCAGCAACAAGACGUGCCGGCACCAAUGGAUUGUGCUGGACGGCGACAUUGAUGCGGAGUGGAUAGAAAGCAUGAACACUGUCAUGGCAAGUCUGGAUGAUAACAAGAUGCUGUCGCUGGCCUCCAAUGAGCGCAUUCCAUUGACAGACACCAUGCGGCUCUUGCUGGAGAUUAACCACAUGAACUACUGCUCCCCUGCUACCGUCUCCCGUGGCGGGGUCAUCUACAUGAAUGACCCGAGUCGCUUCAGGGUGGAGGCUCACUUUGUGAUGGCCUGCAUCUGGGCGUUCGGGGGAGCCCUCUCCUGUGAUGGGGCUGUCGACAGCCAGGCUGCAUUCUCCAAGUGGUGGCGCGGGGAGUUCAAGAGCGUCGCCCUGCCCGCCGAGGGCACUGUCUUCGACUACUAUAUGGACAAUGUCAGCGGGCAAAUGGUGCCCUGGACGCAGCGCAUCCCUGCCAGCAUGCCAGGCCCCCCUCUGACCGCGAGGGACGCAAUUCAGGUCGUGCAGACCCCCGAGUUUGUGGAAACGGUGGAUACUGUGCGGCUGCGCUGGUUGACUGAGACCCUGGUGAAGGCCGGGCAUGCCGUCCUGCUCGUUGGUCCUGCAGGCACGGGGAAAUCAGCGGUGAUGGCACGUGCGCUGGAGAGUAUGGACGGCCAGGGUGUUAUGGUGAACCGGCUGCCGCUCAACUCCUGUCACGACGGCCCAUCCCUGCAAACCAUCCUGGAGCGGCCACUGGAGAAGAAGGCGGGGAUGCGCUAUGGGCCUCGAGGGUCAAAGCGACUCAUCUACUGGCUGGACAAUGUCAACAUGCCGAUUGUUGACAAGUAUGAAACCCAGUCGGCCCUGGAGCUCAUCCGUCAAAGCAUAGACUACGGUGGCUGGUAUGACAAAGCACGAAUCGCAGCCAAGGAGAUCAUGCACACCGGUUAUGUGGCGUGCAUGGACCCGGCAGCCGGCUCAGGCUGCAUCACGCCCCGCCUACAGCGUCACUUUGCAACCUUUGCUGUGACCUGCCCUGCGCCAGCCAGUGCACAAUCUAUUUUCAUCCAGCUGACCAAACCACAUUUCUCUGGAGGGUUCAAGAAGCCUGUGCUUGAGGCAGUGUCGGGUCCCCUGGCAACUGCCAUGGUGGAUCUGCAUGCUGCUGUUCAGUCCUCCCUGCUCCCCAACUCUGUCAAAUUCCACUACAACUUCAACCUGAGGGAGUUGGUGGGAGUUGCUCGCGGGAUGCGAUUGGCCAGUCCAAACCUCCAGACCAACGUCCUUGAGAUCACGAGCGGGGAUGAGAUGAUGUUCAAAGACCUGUGUCAGAAGGUCCUCCGCCGUCACUUCCUGCCCUUUGCAGAGGUAGGGCGGAAGCAAAGCUUGGCUCGUCUGGCUGCCCACAUGCAAGGUCUGGAGGCGAUGCAGCUGUCCCUCACCUCCUCCUACGGUGACCCAGAGUUCAAAAUGGACAUUUUGGCUAUGUGUCGAAAGGCGGGUGUCAAGAACAAGGGAGUGGCAUUCCUCCUGAACGAUGGGCACGUGACAAAGGAGGACUUCCUGGCGCACAUAUCUGAUCUCAUGACGUCUGGGAGCCCCGCUUCACUCUGCAGCCAAGAAGACAAGGAGGGAUUUUGCGAUGGGGUGCGGGCUGAGGUCAAGGCAUCAGGACUGCUCGACACAGCCGAUAACUGCUGGGACUUCUUCACUAAGCGGGUUCAAGACAACCUGCAUCUUGUGCUCUGUUUCAGCCCAGUCAAUCCACAGUUCCGGGGCUGGGCACAGCGCUUCCCAGCCUUGAUUUCCAUCCCCAUUCUCAAUUGGUUCAGGCCUUGGCCAGAAUCAGCAUUGCUCACAGUUGCUGAGCACUCACUGAACGAUGUGCCUGCGCUGGAAGCAGAGGCAUUGCGACACUCGGUUGCGCAGUGCAUGGCAGCUGCACACGCUGCCGUCAUCGCCUGCAACGACAGAUACCUGUCACAGCAUGGCAAGCACAACCACACCACCUCCAAGUCCUUCCUCGAGUUUGUGAAUCUGUUCAAGUCACUGCUGGCAAAGAAACAUGCUGAGCUGCAGGCAUCCAAGACAAGACUUCAGAAUGGUUUGAACAAGAUCCGGCAGGCUGCAGAGGCCGUGCUGGUGCUGCAGGGAGAACUGGCCAAGGAGACGGUCGUGGUGGAGGAGAAGAAGGCGGCGACCCAAGAGCUCAUCGAGUCCAUCAGGCGGGAGAGGGCGGUGGUGGACGAGGCGGUGGGCGCGUCGCAGGCAGAUGAGGAGGAGGCAGCGGCCCUGCAGCGGGAGGUCACCGCCUUCCAGACAGAGUGUGCUGCCGAUCUGGCCACCGCUGAGCCCAUCAUCAAGGAGGCGGAGGCAGCCCUCAACUCCCUGGACAAGGCAUCCCUGGGCGAGCUCAAAUCCUUUGGCAGCCCUGCCAAGGAGGUGGUGGAUGUCCUGGCCGCUGUCAUGAUCCUGGCCUCGAGCGGAGGAAACAUUCCCAAGGACCUGAGCUGGGCUGCGGGGAAGAAGUUUAUGGGCAACGUGGAUGCCUUCCUGCGCUCCCUCCUCACCUUCAAUAAGGAUGGUCUGCACGUGCCCAAUGUGGAACGUGUGGAGAAGGAGUACCUGUCGCAGCCGGGUUUCAGGCCUGAGUCCAUCAAGUCCAAAUCCAGUGCCGCCGCUGGGCUGUGCGCCUGGGUGCUCAACAUCUGCAAGUACUUCAGGGUCUAUCAAGUGGUUGCCCCCAAGCGGGCGGCCCUGGCUGAGGCCAACCAGAGGCUGGCUGUGGCAAGCCAAAAGCUGACCGCCAUCCGCGCGGUCGUGGCGGACCUGAACGCCAAGGUGGCGGCGCUGGAGAGCAACCUCCUGCGCGCCACAGAGGAGAAGAACACUGCCAUCUCACAGGCCGAUCGGACGGCGAGCAAGGCAGACAUCUCAAGGCGGCUGAUUGCGGGACUGGCAGGCGAGAAUGAGCGUUGGGCAGCCACCGUGGCCGAGAUGGAGGAUGAAGAGGGAACUCUGCUGGGCCGAGUGCUGCUCACCAGCGCCUUUAUCACAUAUGCGGGAGCCUUCAAUGCUCAGCUGCGUGGAUCACUGGUGGAGGGCACCUGGAGACCCCACAUUCUGGCGGCUGGUAUUCCUCUGGAGCCAGAGUUCAGUCCCUUGGACCUCCUCAUCACCAGCGUUCUGAGGACAUCCUGGUCCCAGAACGGGCUGCCAAGUGAUGCUCUAUCCGUGGAGAACGCAGCCAUCCUCACCAAUGCAUCUCAGUGGCCGCUGCUGAUUGACCCUCACAAGCAGGGUCUCAAGUGGCUCUUGGCUCAGGAAGAGUCCACGGGAAUGAGGGUGCUGCAGCAGGACAGUGAGAACUUCAUGGCAACGGUGCGGCAGUGCAUACAGGAAGGGAUCCCUCUUGUCAUUGAAAAUUUGCCAGAGAAGCUUGACCCGGCGCUGGACCCGGUCUUGCAGAAGACGAUCGUCAAGAAGGGUGGCUCACAUGUUUGGGUUCUUGGAGACAUCGAGGUCGACUACAACCCCGCCUUCAGGCUCUACCUCCAGACCGAGAUCUCCAGCCCACACUUUGGGCCAGAGAUCGCGGCGCAAUGUACCAUAGUGAACUUCUCCGUCACUCCAGAGGGUCUCGAGGAGCAGCUCUUGACCACGGUUGCGGGGCACGAGCGCCCAGAUCUGCAGGCCAGCGCAGCAGAGAUCGUGCGUUCCCUGGGCGCACUCUCUGCCCAGCUCCAGAGUCUGGAAGACGACCUGCUGGCGAGGCUGGAGGCAGCGGAUGGGAACAUUCUAGAGGACAUGGGCCUCGUGGAGGGCCUGGAGGCCACAAAGGCGACGGCCGCAAACGUGGAGGACAGGGUUGCAGAAGCGAGGGAGAAUGAGGCCAUUAUCCUCCAGUCCUUGGAAACAUACAGACCCGUGGCCAUCCGCGCUGCAAUCAUCUUCUUCAUCAUGGAUUCGCUGCCGGCCCUGGACCGCGUCUACCUCUUCUCCAUGGCCGCCUUUGUGAUGUCUGUCUCCAGCGCUGGAGGCAUGGGUAGCCUGGAUGCAACUGACACCAGCGCGCGGGUGCAGCAGCUCGUAGUGGACAUAACAACUGCCCUCUUCCGGUACAUGUGCCAGGCACUGUUUGAGCGGCACAAGCUCGUGGCAGCCACGCAGCUGUGCGUGCGAGUGCUGCUGCGGGGAGGCAGCGUCUCUGCUGCAGCGGCAGCCUGCCUGACGAACGGCUCCGAGGGUCUGGAAGCCCCACCUCCAAACCCCCUGGCGGACUGGAUGAGCGACUCCAGCUGGCGAGCGGUGGCCAACCUUGCGCGAGUAUCAGGCUUUGAAACGCUGCUGCACGAGCUGGUCGGCCUGCCCAAGCGAUGGAGGGAGUGGGCUGAGCUGGCCCGCCCAGAGGAAGUCCUGCUGCCCGGAGAGUGGAAACGGGCUGGCUCGCUGGAGAGGCUGCUGGUGCUGAGGGCCCUCCGGCCAGACAGACUGACGCAGGCCACCGAGCUGUUCGUUGCUUCCACGCUUGGGCCCAAAUUUGCAGCCAGCCAGCCAUGGAGCCUGGACGACGCUUACAAGGAACCCGCUGCCAUGCGGCAGCUGGAGAAGGCUUUCCGUGAGGGCGCUUGGGUCCUCCUGCAGAACAUACACCUCACUCUGGACUGGACCAGGGGUGCCCUCUCCACCUUUGUGAGCCAGCUGCCCCAAAGGGGAGCUCAUGCCAACUUCAGGACAAUCGUGUUUGGCUUGUGCUACUAUCAUGCUGUCAUCAUUGAGCGAAAGCGAUUCGGAGUGGGUAACCUCCUUGGAGCCACUUCCGGCGUGGGCUGGAACAUGAACUACCCGAGGCUCUCUCGUGCCUACAUCACAUCUCUGUUCCAGGAGGCACUGCUCGAUGGCGCUGAGAUCUUCCCUGGCAUGUCCCCCCCGCUGUCCUCCUUGAACCAUGCACAGGCAAGCCUGCUGCCUGUGCUGGAAUGGCUGUCUGAGGCCCUGCCUCCCGAAGCCCCCGCUGCAUACGGCUUGCACGCCAAUGCCGCUUUGGGGUCGAGCCAGCUGGAGACCCGGGCCUUCAGUGAGGCACUUUGCUCCCUCCAGGUUGAGGGGGAUGACAGGGGCAAGGAGGAGGUCGUUGCAGAGGCUGAAGUCGACUCUGAUUUCAUGGAGAGUGAGCGGCUGAAUGCCCUCCUCCACAUUCUGCGAUCGGAUCUCGGGGAGCUGGAGCUCGGCCUGCGUGGGGACCUGGCGAUGUCGGCGACGAUGGAGCAGAUCCGCUCGGCACUGACCAGCAGUCGGGUGCCACCGUCUUGGAUCGCCGCAUCCUACCCCACCAUGAGGAACCUUGCGUCCUGGCUGGAGGACCUGAGCCAGCGUGCCCAGCAGCUGGAGAACUGGACCCGCGCAAUGGAGCCUCCACCCGUGGUGUGGCUCCCUGGGCUCUUCAAUCCCAUGGCCUUCCUGACCGCCGUCUUACAGACCACCGCUCGUCAGCAGGGCUGGGCGCUGGACAGGACGCUGCUUGUGACGGAGGUCACACGUCGUGCGUGUGAGGCUGUCUCAGAGCCCGCACGCGAGGGGGCAUACAUCCAUGGGCUGACACUGGAGGGGGCACACUGGGACGAGAAGGCAGGGUGUCUGGAGGAUGCUCGGCACAAGGUCCUCUCCUGCCGCAUGCCCGUGAUGCACAUCAGGGCCCUCCCUGUGGGAAGCUUUGAGACCAGGGAUGUCUACGAAUGCCCAGUCUAUGCCACCCAGAUCCGUUUCAGGCAGGAGGUGUUCUCCGUGUCCCUGCGAUCUAAGCAGCCGUGGACAAAGUGGGCCAAGGCAGGUGUCUGCCUCAUGCUCGAAGCUCCCCAGCUCUGA